AUGAGUUCUUCGGACGACGACGCUCCUCUUCUUAAGGCCAGCCGUACUGGCGCUUUGAACCCGGGCGUUUCCAUCCGCUUCGGACCUGUUGACGAUGAGGAUGUUGAGAUGAAGGACACGAAGGGCGUGAAUGGGCACAAGAGAAGGGCACGGAUCGGCUCUGGGAAACAGUUCUACGCAGAAGCCGAAAGCAGCGAAGAUGAAAAGCCCUUGAGCAAAAAGCGCCGUGUUUCCGUCAAAAAGCAGAUCGAUUCUGACUCGGAAGAAGACAUUCCUCUGGCUCGGAAAGCAAACGGUGCCAGGCUGCCCAAAGCCUCCGAGACCGCGAUUGGCGAGGAGUCAGAUUCGGAUAUACCUAUUGAGCGGAAACUUUCGAAGCAGAAAGCGAACAUCGAGAAGAAGGCUGAACAGGAAGCCAAGGCAAUUCGCAAAGCUGAGGCUACAUCUUCUACGAAAAAGGCUAAGCCGAAAGCCAACGGAGUGAAAAGUGAGAAUGGCGUGGGUGCUAAGAAAGUCAUCAAGUCGGAACCGUCGACACCUGCGAAAAAAGGAAAGGGCAAGGCAACUCCUGUCAAGGCGGAAUCAGAAGAUGUUGAAGGAGCCGAUGAGGAAGAGGAGUAUCGUUGGUGGGAGGAUCCAGCAAAAGGCGAUGGCACCAUCAAAUGGACAACCCUGGAACAUAAUGGCGUUGUCUUCCCGCCUGACUACGAGCCUUUGCCGAAGAAUGUCAAGAUGAAGUACGACGGUAUUCCUGUCGUUCUUCAUCCGGAAGCUGAGGAAGUUGCCGGAUUCUUUGGUUCUAUGUUGAACUCUACACACAAUGUCGAAAAUCCAACUUUCCAGAAGAAUUUCUUCGAGGAUUUCAAGGCUAUCUUGAAGAAGACUGGUGGGGCGAAGGCGCAGAAUGGCGAGCCCAUCAAUAUCAAGGAAUUCAAGAAGUGCGAUUUCAAGCCAAUUUUCGAAUACUAUGAUGCAAAGCGUCUUGAGAAAAAGGCUAUGUCAGCCGCAGAGAAGAAAGCGCUCAAAGCCGAGAAGGAUGCGGCAGAAGCACCCUACAUGUAUUGUAUGUGGGAUGGCCGCAAGCAAAAGGUUGGCAACUUCCGUGUCGAGCCUCCUAGCCUCUUUCGUGGCCGUGGUGAGCACCCAAAGACCGGUAGAGUCAAGACACGUGUGAUGCCCGAGCAAAUCACGAUCAACAUCGGCAAGGACGCAAAAGUUCCUCCGCCUCCUGAGGGGCAUAAGUGGAAGGAGGUUAGGCAUGAUCAAGAAGGUACUUGGCUGGCUAUGUGGCAAGAGAACGUCAACGGCAAUUACAAAUAUGUCAUGCUUGCUGCAAAUUCCGAUGUCAAGGGCCAGAGCGACUACAAGAAGUUCGAGAAAGCUCGCGAACUAAAGAAACAUAUCGAUAAGAUCCGGGCCGACUAUCAAAAGGGACUCAAGUCCGAGCUCAUGGCUGAUCGACAGCGUGCAACAGCUGUUUACUUGAUCGACAAAUUUGCUCUUCGUGCUGGAAAUGAAAAGGGCGAAGAUGAAGCGGACACUGUUGGAUGUUGCUCUUUGAAGUAUGAGAACAUCUCACUUCGACCACCAAACACUGUCAUUUUCGAUUUCCUUGGUAAAGAUAGUAUUCGCUUCUACGACGAAGUUGAAGUCGAUCCUCAGGUUUUUAAGAAUCUGAAAAUCUUCAAGAAGGCACCGAAGAAGGAGGGCGAUGAGAUCUUUGACCGAUUGACGACAUCUGCGUUGAAUAAGCAUCUUUCAAACUACAUGACAGGCCUGACCGCCAAGGUCUUCCGUACUUACAAUGCCUCUUACACAUUUGCGACUUUACUCAAGGACAUGAAGGCGGAAGGCACAGUGGCGGAAAAAGUGAAGCAGUACAAUGAUGCCAAUCGCAGGGUCGCUAUUCUCUGUAACCACAAACGGACCGUCACUGCAGGCCAUGCCAACCAAAUGGAGAAACUCGGCGACAGGAUCAAAGGUCUCCGCUAUCAGAAGUGGAGGGUCAAGAUGAUGAUGUUGGACAUUGAUCCGACCCAGAAAAAGAAGAAGGGCGCCAAGUACUUUGAACUAGACGACGACCUUGACCAGGCAUGGAUCCAGGAGCACCAAGCAUUCCUUGUUGAGGAGCAGAGGCAGAAGAUUACCAAGAAGUUCGAGAAAGAGAACGAGAAGCUAGCCGCUGAUGGGGAAAAGGAGAUGAAGCCCAGGGAGUUGGAAGAGCGCCUUGUAGUCGUCAAGGACAUGGAGAAGAAGUUCCAGAAGGAGAACAAGACUGGGAAAGUGGAAGUCGAGGGCAAGGGACAGACUGUUGAGAAACUGGAGAACAACGUCACCAAACUCGAACAGCGGAUUGAGAAUAUGUCACUUCAGGCCGAAGACAAAGAGAACAACAAAGAGGUUGCUCUCGGAACUUCCAAAAUCAAUUACAUUGAUCCUCGUCUCACCGUGGUCUUUACAAAGAAGUUCAACGUCCCUAUUGAAAAGUUUUUCUCCAAGACUCUUCGUGAAAAGUUCGACUGGGCUAUCAAGUCCGUGGACGAGAAUUGGGAGUUUUAA